GAGGAAUGACAGAAUCAUUGUGCCUAGGGAUUUGGUUGCCGGGGGAAAAAAUGGAGGCCCCUGCAACCAAUGAGGUUCGACGGAGGAAGAAAAAGGUUAGAGAAAAUUCAUUUGAGAGCGAGAAAGAAAUCCAUCUGAGUGAGAGAGAAAAAGAAACCCCUCCUGAUGCUAAGAGAGGGAGAGAUACACCUCCUGAUGAUGAUAUCUGCCCCAUUUGUUUUGGAAACUACAACAUUCCAUGCAAGACAAAUUGCGGACAUUGGUUUUGCGCAAAUUGUUUUAUCACAUUUUGGGCCCAUGGUAGCAAACUUGUGCAUUGCAAGUGCCCCAUUUGCUCUAAAACCAUCAACAAAUUGACUCCCGAGGCAUCUCUGAUCCUUUGUACAGACGAUGAAGUUGUUGAGGUCUUAAAGAAAGUUCAGGGGUACAUACAAUCUUCUUUUUGAACCCGGCAUCCAUGGCUUGAUUUUGAGACAACGUCAACUACCUCUGAUCUCUCAUCAAAUACUGUGGUGGUUGAAGAUGUUUUAUAUAGGAUUGUAUGAUCCUGAUAAUCUCAUACUCAACUUUGUCAUUGCAAAGGCCAUGGGAUUGGUUCUGUCACUUGCCUAUGAAUUCUUGGGCUUCAAAUUUCAUUCUGGAAGUUUCUUGAUGACGCAAAUUAUCUGUCAAGUCUGCACUGUUGUUCCUGUGCUUGUUCUAGCUGCUACUGGUCUCUAUUGCAAAAUCGUCACCAAUCGUCGCCGUCCUCGCCGUCGAAGGCCAAGACCCAAUCCUGUUCCUGAUGGGCCAAGAACCGAUCCCGUCUCGGGGCCGACGGCCCCUCCCGUUCAGGGACAAGUACCUGCCAUUCCUGGGCCUUAAAUGUAGGCUACUAGGAUCCUCUGUCUUCAAAUAUGCUUAUCUCAGCGGCCCAACGUGUUGAAAAUUGUACUACAUGUUGGAAAUUUCAAAACACGCGAAUCAGAAGGGUGACAGAUUACGUUUUGAACCCAAAUAAACAAUAGGGGACUCCCAAAGAGUUGGAUAUCUCUACUAACCAACCUGAUACUUUUGAUAAAUUGCAUUAAUUAAUGUUGUUUAUUUAUAUGUUGAGAUGAAAAAACUCACUCUCUCUGAUCGUGUCAUACCAUAUCAAACUGAUUUUAU